GGAGUUGUCAACUCCACCAUAUCAUUCGAACUUCAGGGGAAGGUCGUUUCCUCACACACUUCUCUCUCUCUCUCCAAUCCACAUAUUACUAAUUUCUUCACGCAUUAUCCGAAUUUCGCAUCAACUAUCACAAAUGGCGUCACUCAUCUCCGCCACCGCCCAAAACCACACAGACAUCGCACAGUCCAAUUUCAUACAAGGCCUAUUUGCCGACCAGUUUCUUGUUUCCUUGCCUGAAUUUCUGGCCAACAUGGACUUGUCAUGGAUGGUGGACUUUCUCAAGGGCAUGGUGAAGCCGCUGGCGGCGACGGUGGUGGUGUUCCUUGCGGUGGCCUUGUCAUACAUGCAGAAGCUGGGUUUGGGUAGAGAGAUGAUUUACUCCAUUUUUAGAGCCUUCGUUCAGCUUUCGAUUAUCGGGUUUGUUCUUCAGUUCAUCUUCACUCGGGACAAUGCCUUUUGGAUCGUUCUAGCUUACCUUUUCAUGGUGACUGUUGCUGGUUAUACAGCAGGGCAAAGGGCUAAGCAUGUCCCAAGAGGGAAGUAUGUUGCUGGGGCUUCCAUAUUGGCUGGAACUUCAAUCACAAUGUUUCUGCUUCUUGUGAUGAGAGUGUUCCCAUUCACUCCAAGAUAUAUUAUCCCCGUUGCAGGAAUGAUGGUCGGAAAUUCAAUGACGGUAACUGGGGUUACGAUGAAAAGGCUUCGAGAUGAUAUUCGAACUCAAAUGAACCUGGUAGAGACAGCGUUGGCUCUUGGUGCAACGCCGCGCCAAGCAACAAUGCAGCAGGUGAAGAGAGCUCUGGUGAUUUCUCUGUCUCCAGUUCUGGACAAUGCCAAAACCGUUGGCCUCAUCUCGCUUCCCGGUGCAAUGACUGGCCUCAUAAUGGGAGGAGCCUCCCCUCUGGAGGCCAUUCAAUUGCAGAUUGUUGUGAUGAACUUUAUGAUCGGUGCAACUACAGUUAGCAGCAUUUCUUCAACGUAUCUGUGUUGGCCUGCCUUCUUUACCAAAGCUUAUCAGUUAGAGACCAAGGUUUUCACUUUAGAAUAGGGUUUUUGUAAUGUUAUAUUGUACAAUAUUUAUCAAAUCAGCACUCUGCUUUUCUCUUAGGGCUCGUUGGGUACACAUACAUGAUUCAAAUGUGUAACCUAAUAAAUUAAAGGU